GGGUGUUGUUUCCGCAUUCCAUUGUAAACUAAGUGACCGCGCUGUCGUUAAUUCUGCAGCGCGACAGUGACUCAAAUCCUCUGGGGAAACUCGUCCCACAGCUCCACGUCGAAACCUGAAGAUGCCUUACAUUCUGAUCACCACACAGAUCCGACUGGAGACCGGGCCCACCAUGGUAGGUGAUGAGUAUUCAGAUCCUGCCAUCAUGACCUAUCUGGGAGCAAAGAAAACUACCAUGCUGGGCAACAACUUUUCAGAAUACUAUGUGGAUGAACCACCACGAUUAGUCCUGGACAAACUUGAGAAGCUCGGAUACAGAGUUGUGACAAUGACAGGAGUUGGUCAGACUCUAGUGUGGUGCCUUCACAAAGAAACUAGUGAGCUUUGUCAACAUCCUGUAAUGUCAUGAUAUGAAAAAUAAUUAUCACCAUUUGAACACAGGUUAUCCGUCAUAAGCAGAUUUGAGCAGUGUUGGCAUGAGACUAGUGUUGUGCAAUGGCUAGGUUUUUUUCCUUGUGAAAAUGUUUUAUAAUUAAAACUGCAAAUGGAGAAUUUUUCUCUUUCUACAGCUAAGCCAAUCAACCCUGACAUUAUGUAAUCAAAAUGGAAACAGUGUAAGGCAAGUCUGUCAGUUCAGUAGGGACAGCUGUUUAUUUCUGUUUAGACAUGUUUAAAUGUAUGUACUUCAAACGAACCAUAUGAAAGGCAAGUAAUUAGUAUACAUAUUUAUGUUUCUGUCAUUAAUGUUGGAUGCUUCAUUAAAUUUAAUUCUACACGUUGGUCAAAAAUCUCCUUUUUACAGAUGUUUUGUGGUUUUGGAGAAUCACAAUCUCAAUUUCAAUUAGCUAAAAUGUUAAACUCAUUCCAGAACCUAAUUUCACAACCAAACAUCAUGUCAUUGUUUAGUUUAUUGCUUUAUUUAGCUUUGUGCUGUAUGCUGAGUUCAGUAUUCCACCUCAUUUAACGCCUGAUUUAACUAAUCAGAAAACCAUCGAGGCUUUCUUGGCUGAAUUUGUUAGAAGAUGCGGAAACACAAAUCUCUGUAAGGUAUUGACCUUCUAGGACAUGUUUCACAACUGUGAUGUAAAUGUAAUAUGAUGUGUGCUAUCACAAAGAAAACUAAAUAAAAGUUUAA